CCACUCCAAGCCUUCCACCGACUUAUCAUACCUCACCCUCUUCCUUCUUUUCUCACCCCGUGUUCACUGUUUCCAAUAUCAAAACCUUUGUUCCAGAAACCUUAACCCAUGAUAAUUAUAUUAUUUGGAAGGAGUUGAUGAUUCCUGUCUUCAAAAGCAAGGGGGUAUAUGGCCAUAUUGAUGGUACAGAUCUGUGCCCUCCACCUUCUCAUCCUACUCAUGCCGCCUGGGUACAGAUUGAUUACCAAAUUUUAUCCUGGAUUCAUGCCACUAUUUCCACAGAUAUAUUGCAGAUGAUUAUUCAACCGGCCACCACCUUCCCUACUGCUCCGGACAGCAAAUGGUAUAUUGACUCUGGUGCUGAUACCCAUGUCUCUAGUACCCCUGGUAAUCUCUCCCACUCCUCUCCUUACUCCGGUUCAGAGUUUAUCCAGGUUGGCAAUGGUCAAUUACUUCCUGUCACUCAUUCUGGUAAUACAGUGUUGUCAUUGUCUAGUCAUUCCUUUAAACUUAAUAAUGUGCUUGUCUCUCCGCAUCUUCGUAAGAAUUUACUUUCUGUUCGUCAGUUUACUAAAGACAUCAAUUGUAGUGUGGAAUUUGACUCUUCUGGUUUUUCUGUUAAGGAUAUCCACUCGAAGAACGUCCUGCUUCGUUGCAAUAGUGCGGAGGGACUUUAUUCCGUGUCUAGCUCAUCUCAACGUCAUCCUACGAUCCUUAGUACUGCCGUUGUGUCUCCUGAUGUCUGGCAUCUUCGUCUUGGUCACCCAAGUUCAGCCUCUGUUACUCAAUUGGUUCGUCGUGGUUUAAUUUUGUCUAAUAAUAAAGUUCCUAGUUCAAUUUCUUGUCAUGCUUGUCAACUAGGGAAGCAUACUCGACUUCCAUUUAGUGACUCCUUGUCAACUACUUCAACGCCAUUUGAGUUAAUUCAUUCUGAUGUUUGGACUUCUCCUGUCAUGUCUUUUACGGCUUUUCUUAGAUUUUCUGCUUAUGUUUCUACUCAGUUUGGUGCUCGGAUUAAGGCUUUUCAAUGUGAUAAUGGCCGUGAAUAUGACAAUGCAGAUUUUGCUACUUAUUUUCAAACAAAUGGCAUUCAUCUUCGAUCUUCUUGUCCCUCGACUCCCCAACAAAAUGGGAAAGCCGAGCGGAUGAAUCGAACAAUCAUCAAUAUGGAACCCAGGACUUUUAAGCAAGCUUGUAAUCUUCCAGAAUGGCAACGGGCUAUGCAAGAGGAAUUUCUGGCUCUACAGCGCAAUCACACUUGGGUUUUAGUUUCUCCUCCAUCCGGUGCCAAUAUUGUGGGAUCCAAAUGGGUAUAUCGUAUUAAACAGCGAGCUGAUGGCAGUAUUGAGCGUUAUAAGGCUCGACUUGUAGCGCAAGGGUAUACACAGCAACCUGGGAUUGAUUAUGAUGAGACUUUCAGUCCGGUGGUCAAGCCCGUUACCAUCCGCACAGUUCUUACACUUGCUAUUUCCAAGUCUUGGCCAAUUCAUCAACUUGAUGUCAAGAAUGCCUUUCUCAAUGGGUAUUUAUCUGAGCCUGUUUAUAUGUCUCAACCCCCUGGAUUUGUUGAUCCGCAGUAUCCAGAUCGUGUUUGCCUUCUUCAACGAGCUCUUUAUGGUUUGAAACAGGCUCCUCGUGCCUGGUUCCAGAGGUUUGCUGCUUUUCUUCAUUCCUGUGGCUUUGUUCAGGCAUAUUCUGAUUGCUCUAUGUUUUUAUAUCGCUCAAAUGGUAUGCUGGCAAUUCUGCUCUUGUAUGUUGAUGAUAUUAUUCUCACUGCUUCUACAUCGUCCCUUUUGCAUCGGAUAAUCUCUUCAUUGAAGCAGGAAUUUUUUAUGACAGAUUUGGGUGUUAUUAAUUAUUUUUUGGGUAUUACCGCAUCUUUUAACCCUGAUGGUCUUUUUCUCUGUCAAACUAAGUAUAUAUUUGAUUUGUUGGCUCGCACUGGAAUGUCUGAUUGUAAUGCUGCUGCUACUCCUCUGUCACCAAGGCACAAAUUGGCUGCUUCUGAUAGUCCUCCUUAUUUGGAUUCCACUCAGUACCGUAGUAUAGUGGGUGCCUUACAAUACCUGACAUUUACUCGUCCUGAUAUUGCUUUUGCGGUUCAUCAAGUUUGCCAGUAUAUGCAUGCUCCAACAGAAAAUCAUUUUCAGGCAGUAAAACGGAUACUUCGGUAUUUGAAGGGUUCUGCUCAUUAUGGUCUCCAGUUAUUUAAGGGAUUCUCCCCUUCGUUGCAUAUUUAUACUGAUGCUGAUUGGGCUGGUUGUUUGGAAAGUCGGCGUUCUACUUCCGGCUACUGCUUGUUUUUUGGCAAAUCCCUCAUCUCUUGGUCUUCUAAAAAGCAGAAUACUGUUGCUCGAUCUAGUGCUGAGGCUGAGUAUCGUGCUAUGGCUAAUGCCGUUGCUGAGGUUGUUUGGGUUCAACAAUUAUUAGCUGAGUUACAAGUAUUUCUCUCUUCUGCUCCUAUUGUUCUUUGUGAUAAUAUCAGUGCUAUCUAUUUGGGUCUCAAUCCUAUACAGCAUCAGCGAACCAAACACAUAGAGAUUGAUAUUCAUUUUGUUCGGGAACGGGUUGCUUCUCGUGCCAUUCUUUUGCAGCAUGUCCCCUCCUCUUUACAAUGUGCUGAUAUUUUUACUAAAGCUUUAUCAUCCACUGCUUUCUGCUCUCAACGGUCCAAUUUGUGCGUACUUCAUCAGCCCGCUCAAAUUGCGGGGGGAUGACAGUAUAAUAUUUGAGGGUAUUUAUGUAAUUCUGUAGUAUAGUGCUGUAUAUACAUAUAAAUAUGUAAACCUAAU